AUGAACGCCAUCACUUCUUUCGUGACUAUUGUUGUCUUUGGCACCGCUUACCUCGCUAAGCGCUGUGAGCAGGAAGAUGAGGCCGCACGCCGCAAGGAGGAAGCUGAGACUGCACGCCGUAGAGACGAGGCUGAGGUCGAUCUCCGAAAAGAGGAACUUGAUCAUCAACGCCUUAGAGACGAAGCAGACUUCAAGUUCCGCAAACUCGAAGCUGAAAUCGCGCUUCAAAAGUUCUUGGCCGAACUUGAAGUUUCGAAAUUCGUUGUCAGACGCGAAGACGGUCAUGUCGAGCUUAACCUUGCGGGAAGCAGAGAUGACAUUGAAGUCGAUGUUGCACGCGGCACACACGUAUUUAGAGCAGGAAGCAACAGACGGCGCGCCGAAGAUACACGUACCAUACAAGCUAGACACAAGACUUGUGUCAAGUAUCAGGCUCAUGUCGAGGAUGAUGUUUCUUCGGACUAG